UCCCAAAGAGGGGCCCAAUUGCAUCAUCUUCCUCUCAAUCACGCAAUGGCUUAUUGACGUUUAUCAGUUUUUUCUUUGCUGGGAGCGGGUGAGGGAUGUGUCCUUCCCAGGUCCAUCCUUCCAUUCGUGGUAGAGUCGAUCUUUACAUAAUGUAUGGCCUUUUCUAUGUGGAAAAUGUAGACAAGCACAAUCAGACAGGUCAUCCAGCGACUGAUCAGGCGGGGUAAAGCAACCAGAGGCGUAAAAAGCAUAUUCCUUCACCUCCUGGCCAUCGCUGUUCUAUAUUUGCCUCCCUAUAAAUUCCGGAUUCUACUGCAGCCAGCAGCCAUGUUUCCACGCCUUACUAGCUUUCUUUUCCACCCAGUCCUGCUAUCUGCUAGCGCAUAAUUAGCAUUACCUUCCAUUAUCCAGCACUCACCUAAUACUAGUGUCUCAUCUCUUCGGCAAUCCCACCCCCUUCCCAUGUCCGUCUCCAGCCAGCCGGCUACUGGCCCGACUGUGAACUACGUCGAGCCGCGUGCAUCCACAAAGCAGUGGCUGAAGGACAAUGUUGUGCCCUCAAAACAGACAUCGGUCAACUAUGUCAAGUCGCUGUUCCCGAUCGCAACCUGGAUCUACCGCUACAACUGGACCUGGUUCCUUGGCGAUGCAGUUGCUGGCCUUACAGGCAUGGCCUAUGCCAAGCUGGCCCAGCUGCCGCCCGAGUUUGGUCUCUACUCAUCGUUCGUUGGCUGUGCGCUCAAGGAUAUUACAAUCGGACCUGUUGCUGUGAUGUCGACGCUCUUGGGCAACAUUCUGCACGACUACAAAGACACGCCUUGGAUAGUCGCUGGCUGCAUGUCAGUAGUCCUCGGCUGUAUCGUGACCGGGCUCGGCCUUUUGCGUCUUGGCUUUAUUGUUGACUUUAUUCCGCUCCCCGCGAUUGCUGCGUUCAUGACCGGCUCGGCCCUCAACAUCGCCAUGGGCCAGAUCCCGACUCUGAUGGGCAACAACUCGGUCAAGGCAUACAAUACCCGUGCGUCUACGUAUCUGGUGUUUGGCAACUUCUUCAAGUACAUCAAGUCGUGCAAUAUCAACUCUGCGGUUGGCCUGACUGCGCUGUUCCUUCUCUAUCUGAUCAGGUGGGGGUGCAAGGCUGCUGGCAAGCGGUGGCCCCAGAGGGAGCGCCAGUUCUUCUUCCUCAGCACUCUGCGCACGGCAUUCGUCAUUCUGCUGUACACGCUCAUCUCGUACCUUGUCAACCGCAACUCGCGCGCCAAGCCAAAGUUCUCCAUCCUGGGCACUGUCCCCAAAGGCUUCCAGCACAUUGACGUCCCCCAUGUCAACUCGGACAUCCUCAGUGCUGUCUCGGGCCAUAUUCCGGCAGCCAUCAUUGUGCUGAUCAUUGAGCAUAUCUCGAUUUCCAAGUCGUUUGGCCGCAUCAACAACUACACCAUCAAUCCGAACCAGGAGCUGAUUGCCAUCGGUAUCACCAAUAUCUUUGGCCCGUUCUUCGGCGCAUACCCGGCCACCGGCUCGUUCUCGCGUACCGCCAUCAAGGCCAAGGCCGGUGUACGCACGCCGCUCGCUGGAGUGAUCACUGCGGUCAUGGUUGUGUUCGCCAUCUAUGUCCUGCCCCCGGUCUUCUUCUACAUCCCGAACGCCCUGCUGGCUGCUGUCAUUAUCCACGCUGUCGGUGACCUGAUCUCGGGCCCCAAGACCAUCAUGCAGUUCUGGAAGAUCUCGCCCAUCGAAUUUUUCAUCUUCUGGGCUGGUGUCCUCGUCUCGGUGUUCUCGUCCAUUGACAACGGUAUCUACACCUCGGUCGCCGCUUCUGCUGCACUGCUGCUGUUCCGCAUCGCCAAGGCGCAGGGCAAGUUUGUCGGCAAGAUCAAGGUCUACGAGCAGAAGCUGCUGAGCGAGGACAACAACGAAAAGUCCACUGAGUCUCGCCACGCUUUUGUGCCGCUUGACCACUCUGACGGCACCAACCCCUCGGUCAAGCCCACGCCCCCGCCCAGCGGCAUCUUCAUCUACCGGCUUAACGAGAGCUACCUGUAUCCCAACGCUGUGCAUUUCACUGACCACAUGGUCGAGCAGAUCCUUCUCGAGACCCGGCCCGGUGUGCUCAACCCGUAUGGCUCUCUCGGAAACCGGCCCUGGAACGACCCAGGACCUCGUCACAAGUCCGAGUCCGACAUUGACACCUCGAAGCCCGAGCUGCGUGCUGUCAUUCUGGACUUCUCUGGUGUCUCCAACGUGGAUAUCACUUCGGUGCAGAACCUGACCGAUGUCCGCCAGCAGCUCGACCGCCAUGCCGACUGCAGCUCGCAGUGGAUCCGCCGGUCUCUGAUUGCUGCUGGCUUUGGCUCCUCGGAAACUGCCACUCGCACUGUGUUCAGUGUCGCCAACAGUCACUGCUGCAUCAGGACUAGCUGCCACUCGAUCCAGGUCUGCAUUUACGAUGAGGAGAGCUUGUUGGCAUGGUCCAUGCACCUUGCGCUCCCUGUGCUCAGCACUGAGUAUCCCAACUUCCACAUCGACCUCGACGAGGCGCUCAAGGCUGCCGAGGCAGAGCUUGGUCUGUACGAGACCUACUAGUUCCAUUUUAAUUCUCCAAUCCAUUGUCCAGGCACUGUCCACAAGAAAUGUGCUAGCCACGUAUCUGCUGCCUGAGGGUGAUGUGGUGAAAGAUAUGAACCUGUAUGUAUCCAAAAUUUGUCGAGAAUAAAUACGCG